CUUCGAAAAUCCCUUCUUCGCUACAAACUAUUCCGCCACUUUCGAUACAGGUAGUCCGGAGAUAGCUGAUAGCGUAGUCUCGGCUGCAAACCAGUCGCAUCAUCGCAUGGCCACGAGCAGUGGAGAAAUGCCUAACUCAUUCCAGCUAGGUCAAUAUGCACGGCUGGGAUACCGUUUUCCCAAAUAGGCAAUCAAGUAUAGGCACAUGCUUCACACCUUGUAGUCCACAGCAUCCUUCGAAAGCAGAAAAUGGCUCACUAGAGCUCGAAUCGGUUGAUUGUCGAGGUCAUGGAAGGACAUAAAAGGCGCUUCACUUCUCUCGAAUCUCCAUCUUUCAAAUCAUAACCAAUCCUCACCUCGCAAUGAUAGCCCAGCCCGAAUCCUCUCUUAGCCUCAAAGGCAAAGUGGCCCUGAUUACUGGAUCAGGCAAAGCGAGAGGCAUCGGUGCCGGUAUCGCCACGACUCUUGCACAGCAUGGUGCAUCUGUUGUCAUCAACUACGUCUCGGCGUCAACAGCUUCCUCCGCCGCAGCAGUGGCUGAGGGUAUAGCCGCUGCAGGCGGAAAGGUACUUGUCGUCCAGGCAGACAUCUCUCGCCCUGAGGAGGCACAGAGGCUUGUGGCUGAGACGGUCAUCGCGUUUGAGAAGAUCGAUAUACUAGUCAACAAUGCAGGAACGGGGUUUCCUGGUCCCGCACUGAGUGCGACCCCAGAAUCUAUGGCAACCACCUUCGGCGUAAACGUCUUUGGGCCUCUCUAUCUGGUUCAAGCUGCCGUGGCACACAUGCCUCCGCGCAGCCGUGUCAUUAACAUCGGCUCCGUGGCGUCAAAGUUAGGAGUUUCAGGGUCGCCGAUUUAUCUCGCCUCCAAGGCGGCGACGGAUGCAUUGACACUUGCUAUGGCUGGUGAGCUGGGCCGCGGUCAUGGCGGCAUAACGAUCAACACGGUCUCACCUGGUCCCGUGGAUACGGACGGUGUGCCACCUCAUGUGGCAGAGAAGAUUCACAAGACUAUGGUACCCAUGACCCGGGUGGAAGAGAGGGUAGGCACUGUUGAGGAUGUCGCGGACGCGGUGCUGUUGUUGUGCUCCGAGAGAAGUCGGUGGAUAUCGGGGCAAGUAAUCUCAGUCAGCGGCGGAAUAGUGGGUGGUUGAGGAUGGUUUAAAAUCAGCUUGUCUGUGUACUCAAUCUAGGUA